AUGAAGACCCUGGUGAUCCACUGGGUUGAAGGAAAGAUGCAGCAACGCCGGGAGGACCGGGUCCCUGCGGACGCCGACUUCAUCUUCAGGGACUUAAAGGAGAGGCUGCCCUUCUCCUACAGGUCUCUUCCUGCCCGGACGUUACUGCCCGCGAGGGAGAACGAGAGGAGCCGGGAGGGCAGCGGGUGUCAUGGAUGGAAGAAUAAGCUGGUGUACAAUGUACUUUUCUACCAAAAUGGCAAAACCUUUAAGUUUUCUCCUCAGAAUUCUGAAUUCACCAUUCUGAAAACCAACCUGAGUCACAGUGGCAUCUAGCACUGUUCAGGCAUGGGAAGGCAUCGCUACACAUCAGCAGGAGUAUCUAUCACUUUAUAAAAGCUAUUUCCAGCCCCAGUGCUGAGAUCAUCCUUGUCAUUCCCCCUCCUAGAGGGGAAUCUGGUCAACCUGAGCUGUGAAACAAAGUUGCUCCCACAAAAGCCUGGUUUGCAGCUUUACUUCUCCUUAUCCCUUGUGGGAAGCAAGACACUGAUGAGCAGGAACAUAUCCUCUGAAUACCAGAUACUACCUGCUAAAAAAGAAGACUCCGGAUUAUACUGGUGUGAGGCUACCACAGAAGAUGGAAAUGUCAUCAAGCACCGCCCUGAGUUGGAGCUUCAGGUGUUUGUAGGGAUAAUAUUUUUGGUGGACACUGUUUUCUGUGUGAUAAUACAUAAGGAACUACAAAGAAAGAAAAAGUGGAAUUUAGACAUCUCUUUGGGUUCUGAUCAUGGGAAGAAGGUAACUUCGUACCUUCAAAAAGAUAGAUAUUUAGAAGAAGAGCUGAAAUGUCAGGAACAAGAAGAACUGCAAGAAAGGACACACCAGGAGAAGCCCUGGGAGGGCUUGGUGCUGCGUCUGGUCAAGGCCUGGUACCACCUCCUCCUUUCUUCAGAUGCCACCUGCAGGCAGUUCUCCAAAAUGCCUCUGAUUCUUGAAGGCUCCUCUGCUGUGUGA